UAACAGCUGAUUGCUGUUUAAUUUUCUGUUUUCUUUUAUUAAUGUUUUAAAUUAUUCAUUUCGUUCAAAAUUUAUAAAAUUUUAGGAUAUUUUGAAAUUUUUCAAAGUUGAAAUGCGCAACAUCCUACUUCACAACAACUUAUGCUGGAGGCAUGUAAAUACGGCAGUGCGUUGUUACAGUAUACAAAGUGGGGAAACAUAUUAUGACAUACUUAAAGUACGGAAAGACUGCAGCAACCAAGAAAUACGCAGUGCUUUUGUACAACUCUCUAAAAAGUUUCAUCCAGAUGUCAAAGGCCUGAGUUCGGAUCCAAAGCAAACAGCACAGUUUGUUAAGAUUUCUGAAGCUUAUCAAAUACUUAGCAAACCUAAGACUCGUUCGGCAUAUGAUCAACGUUUAUAUGAUGCUGAACUGUUGCGGCCUGGUCAAAGAUCAAGAUCAAGUGCAGUGAAAAAUAUGCAUGCCGAAGAAUUACAUAAACCAUGGGAGGUGAAGCCUAACUAUGAUCCAAAUCCGGGGCCAUAUUAUGGAGUUAAGGGUCUGGAACGAGUUUCUAAUUCAAAAAUAGCUUUUGUGUUGGCACUAUUGGGAAUAGCAGGUGCCAUAUUUGGAUUUGUAUGCGUUAAUGCUUAUUAUGUUUUCAGCCAUUCGUUCACCUUUAAUCGCAAAGUCUUAGACACAAAAUCAGCAGAAGCUGGCAGCUAUCACGCAGCAAUUCGGGCUGAUGCUGAAAAAUAUGGGAAUGAGGAGCAGUUACGUCGAAUGGUAAAUCGAAUGGAAAGAAACGAAAGAUAAACAGAAACUUUAAAACUACUUGCAGAAAGAAAACUUGUAAUAGUAUAAUAAAAUUUUAUUUUUUUAAUAUAUAUAUGUAUGAAUAUUCUAUUAUAUAACCCAUGAUAUAAAAAUUC